AUGAUUGGUCACUCGGCAAAGACUUGUCGCCACAGCAAAGCGUUCACUAAGGCAGAAGCUAUAUCAAAGAAAACAGAAAAGGUAAUGGAAACGAAGAAAACAGGAAACAAGGUACCAAAUAAGCCAACGGGGCAAUCAGGUAAUGGAAAUUGGAAACAAAAGGAAACUCCAAUUACAAUCUUAGAAAAGGUAAUCCAGACGGGGAAUGAACCAUCAUCUUCGGGUCUAACUCUGAAAGAAAAGCAAACAAUACCGAUUGAUGUGGAAAGCCUCAGCCCGAAUCCUCAGAAUACAAGCUUAACACAGAGGAGGAUAUCAAAGGAACAUCUCAGUGCAAUCUUAGAGAAGAGUUCAAAAAAGCUCAAUCCGGUGGAAUCUUGGAAAAAUGGAGAUGUGGAUCAUGUUACAGUCCAGGAAGAAAAUUCAAAACAGCAUGCUGUUUCUAAACAGCAUGUUGUCUCCAUCCAAACAGAAAAUCGUAAUUCACCGCUGAAAUUAUCGGACAGUUUUGAUGUUCUCGCAGAACUGACUGGGAAUGAUGAGCCAAUUAAUGAUCUUGGCGCUAAUAAUGAAAACAAAAAUGAAGAAGACGAUGAAGUGGCAGAGAUUGAGUUGGAAAAUCUGGAAAAAAAAAAAUCUUGUAACAGGAACACUUCUAGAGCAUCAAGUUUGCGAUGA